GCCCAACCUGGAAUUUUAAAUCACAGAGUGGAUAAGGCGCACAGUAAAACUGAAAUGGAGAAGAUCUGUGUCGCAGUGAGAGUAAGACCAUCUGUCUCAGAAGAAGCCUUCCAUGGAACCUUAUGGAAGGUCGAAGAUAAUCGUGUAUCUCUUCAUAGGCAAGACGGAACCCCUAUAUCCGGCCUCUCCUACGCUUUUGAUCAUGUUUUCGAUGAAACUUGCUCAAACGAUAGAGUUUACGAUCUCCUUACCAAGGACAUCAUUCACGCUACUAUCCAGGGUUUCAACGGAACUGUAUUUGCAUAUGGGCAGACCAGCAGUGGCAAGACAUUCACCAUGAAUGGCUCCCCAACUAACCCAGGUGUCAUUCCCUUGGCUGUUAAAGAUAUAUUUGAGAAAAUACAAAUGAUUUCAGACAGGGAAUUUCUGAUUCGAGUUUCCUACAUGGAGAUUUACAAUGAAGAAAUUAAUGAUCUUUUUGCUGUAGAGAAUCAGAAAUUGCAAAUACAUGAGAGUUUGGAGCGUGGGAUAUUUGUUUCAGGCCUCAGGGAGGAGAUUGUCAAUAAUGCUGAUCAAGUGCUUAAGUUUAUUGAGUCAGGAGAAGUUAAUAGGCACUUUGGUGAGACCAACAUGAAUGUUCGAAGUAGCAGAUCUCACACUAUAUUCAGAAUGGUUAUUGAAAGCAAGGGGAGGGACACCCAUGAUUCAAGUACUGAUGCCAUCCGUGUCUCAGUCCUGAAUUUGGUGGAUUUAGCUGGUUCAGAGAGGAUUGCUAAAACUGGAGCUGAUGGAGUACGUUUAAAGGAAGGAAAGCACAUAAACAAGAGCUUAAUGACUCUUGGUAAUGUGAUUAACAAACUUAGUGAUGGAGCAAAGCAGAGGGGGCAUAUUCCUUAUAGAGAUAGUAAGUUAACUCGAAUACUUCAACCGGCAUUGGGUGGUAAUGCCAAAACUUCAAUUAUUUGCACCAUAGCACCAGAAGAGAUUCAUAUUGAGGAAACAAAGGGAACUCUCCAGUUUGCUAGCAGAGCUAAGCGCAUAACCAACUGUGCUCAAGUGAAUGAGAUUCUGACAGAUGCAGCUUUACUGAAGCGACAGAAGUUAGAAAUAGAGGAGUUACGUAGCAAACUUCAGGGAUCUCAUGCCGAGGUGUUAGAGCAAGAGAUUUUGAAAUUGAGGAAUGACAUGCUUAAGUAUGAACUAGAACGUGAGAAGCUAGAAUUGGAAUUAGAAGAGGAGAGGAGAUCGCACAAAGAGCGUGAGCAGCACAUCAUGGAGCAACAGAUGAGAAUUCAAAGUCUCAGUAAUCUCGUCACUUCCUCAGAGAGUAGGAGCUCAUCUCAGGAUUCCAGAAGGCAAAGCCCCGAGGAAAAUGUCCACGAUAGUUUAUGCCACGGAGAUGUUUUUAGAACCCCCACUUUUAAGGCUGCUCCCAAUGCGUUUGUUGCAAAGCGAUCAAAUUAUUCUAGGCUACCAGAUUGUAGCCCUCUUCCAGAUUCUUUUAGCAAUGUAGCUGACGAAGACACAUGGUUGAAACUGAACAAAGGUCACAUUACUGAUCUGGAUUCAUUGCUGAUUACUCCUGCAAGAAAAGUUCAAUCCCUUUCGUCAGUUGAUGCAACUCCUGGUUGUUCAAAGCAGAGUUACCAGCAAGAGGUGCAGAAGCUCAAAAGACAAUUAGAACUUGUCACUGAGGAGAAGAAUGAAUUUCAGCAAAAAUACACAGAACAGGUACAAUUGAAUGACCAAUUAACUGGAGAGAUAUCAGAACUUAGACAAGAAGUACUACAAAUCCAAGAAAUCCCUCGAAGGCUGGGUGAAUCUGUGGCAAGUUGCAAAGACUUUUACGAAGAUGUACUGUCCACAAUGCAGAGUUUUGAAUUUGAUGAGAAAUCUUCAACUACCAAGGUGCUCUCUAGCACCUGUGAGAUUUGGUCAAGCCUCUUUGCAACACUGGAAUCCCAUUUCUCAACGGCAACGGAUGAUCAGAAAUACAUCCAAGAGAAUGAUUCUCUAGUUCAAGAAAAUUGCAAGUUGCUUUUUGAGAGGUUGAAAAGCACAAUUACAGCUGCGGUUCUGUCAGAAACAUCAGCCGUGGACACUAAACAAGAGAAGGAUCUUCAAUGUCGCUGCAAUCACAAGGGAUGCUGUCAGGAAGAAGAAGCUCCAGAUUGGAAGGAGACAUUGAGAAAUGAUCUUGACAAAAUCAACAGAGAGUACCAUUGCUUGAAGAAAGAGUUUGAUCUCGGCAAUGAGCUUAUGGAGGCUACUAAAGAAAGAUAUUGUAGCUUGGAAAGAGAGUUUCAAUUAUUGAAAGAAGAACGGGAUUCUUUGCUUAAAGAAGUAGCUGAAUCAUCUCAAAAACUUGCACUGAUCACUGACCAAAAGGAAAAUGUUUUGAAGGAUCUGAACUCUCAAGUUCAGAGAAGGAAAGAUCUUGAAGAAGAGAUUAAACAAUUCAGUGUUGCUUUUGGGUGUCGCCAGAAAUCACUUGUUUCUUUCCACAAUGAAUUGAAAUCCAAUAUUGAGAAAUUGAGAGCCCAAAAUCCAGUUCAAGUACCCAAAACUCUAGGGGGUUAAUUUGCCUAUCUUCUAUGUAAUGUACACAGUUAAAAGAGUUGUGUUAGGUACUUACCAGCUCCCGGUUCCUUCAUUGCUGAGACCAAUUUUAAGUUGUAUUUUUAACUUGUUAAUUAUUUCGAUUUUUUUUA